UAGAUUCAAGAAGGUUCGCUAUCAAACAGAAGGAAGAAGGAUUUUUUCGGACUUCUAACAAAGUUCGGUAUUCUACAGCCAUGGAGGACGAAAUGAUUGAUUACGGCUUCGAGGAAGAUAGUGUGAUGGUUAUCGAUGGCGAAGACGAAAAAUCAAGCGAGAAGGAAAGCGAGAGAAGCCGAGAACUUUUCAUUGAACAAAGUCAAGCUUGUGCUAAGCAUUUUGAGAAAUGGUCAGAAACCCAACAAGUCGAAUUCGUUGAAUUUUUACUUUCGAAAAUGUGCCAUUAUCAACAUGGACACAUAAAUUCGUAUCUGAAGCCAAUGCUACAGAGAGAUUUUAUAACCGCUCUGCCUGCUAAAGGUUUGGACCAUAUAGCAGAAAAGAUUUUGUCCUACUUGGAUGCAGAGUCCUUGUGUGCUGCAGAAAGGGUUUGCAAGGAGUGGUAUAGAGUAAUUUCAGAUGGUAUGCUAUGGAAAAAGCUCAUCGAAAAGAAAGUUCGAACUGAUCCUUUGUGGAGAGGAUUGUCAGAAAGAAGGGGAUGGGACAAGUAUUUAUUCAAAGCCCAAGUACCCGAGCUACCUGACAAUGCUUCCUUUAGAAGACUGUAUCCAAAAGUUAUUGAAGAACUUGAGACAAUUGACACAAAUUGGCGUUGUGGUCGUCAUGUUCUUCACCGUAUUCUGUGCCACAGUGAGAAUAGCAAAGGUGUCUACUGUCUGCAGUAUGAUGACCAGAAAAUAGUUAGUGGACUUCGGGAUAAUACAAUUAAGAUAUGGGACAAAAACAAAUUAGAAUGUGUCAAAGUUCUCACAGGCCACACUGGUUCUGUACUGUGUCUUCAGUAUGAUGAGAAUGUUAUAGUCACAGGAUCAAGUGAUUCCACAGUAAGGGUAUGGAAUGUUCUUACUGGAGAAAUGUUGAACACCUUAAUCCAUCACUGUGAAGCUGUGCUUCAUCUUCGAUUCCAAGAAGGCAUGAUGGUGACCUGUUCAAAGGAUCGCUCCAUUGCUGUGUGGGAUAUGCAGUCCCCUACUGACAUAAACCUGAGAAGAGUUUUGGUUGGUCACAGAGCAGCUGUGAAUGUGGUGGACUUUGAUGAUAAGUACAUUGUGUCUGCAUCUGGAGAUAGAACAAUAAAGGUAUGGAGCACCUCCACUUGUGAAUUUGUGAGAACCUUGAAUGGACAUAAACGUGGCAUAGCAUGUCUGCAAUAUCGUGAUCGUUUGGUUGUUAGUGGGUCUUCAGAUAAUACUAUAAGAUUAUGGGACAUUGAAUGUGGAGCCUGUCUUAGAGUCUUGGAGGGCCACGAGGAAUUAGUCAGGUGUAUCCGGUUUGACAACAAAAGGAUAGUCAGUGGAGCUUAUGAUGGGAAAAUCAAAGUUUGGGAUCUUCAGGCUGCUUUAGAUCCAAGGGCUCCAGCUGGAACACUCUGUCUCAGAACUCUUGUGGAGCAUAAUGGCAGAGUAUUCAGACUUCAGUUUGAUGAUUUCCAGAUAGUUAGCAGUUCCCAUGAUGAUACGAUACUCAUGUGGGAUUUCCUUAAUUACACUCCAGACCAAAAUGGAAAAGCAGCCGUUAGCCCUUCAAGAUAACCUGUUCAUAAUCUACCCCUAGCCCUUUGUUUAUCAUAUAUUUGUACAAAAAAUGGAAACCCUUGAAAAUGAAGAUAGUUGUAAAUAAUUUAUGGCAUAGUAGUCCAAUCAUGUAGUAUUUGGUGCUUACGCUAAUGCAUAUAGAGAGAGUUGUGUAGGGUAAAUCUUCAUGAAGAGUGUAAUAGCAGUAUUACACCAAUAACGUUUAGUUCACUGUUUCAAUUGGGAGAAUAAUGCCCACAGGACUGCCUGUACAGGUAGAAUACAACACUUUAAAAAUUGUCCUGUCGGCUGAUUUUUGUAUAUUGCUGUGUCACUUGAUAGUUUCAGUCCAUAAACUGGCAUUGCUUUGCAUGGUCAAUCACAAGUAUGUGUUGAACUUCUGUGAUUUCUGUUUGGCAAUCAAGGGCUUCUGUGGCUUAUUCUUAACAUUUCAAACUCCCCAGUUAAAUUUCCUAUGCUUAAUUAUUUCAUGGUUAGAUAUCUGUGUGAGAGAGUGAAACUUUCAAGUUCAUUUUCUUUUUAACUCAGUU